UAACCACUUAGGACACCAGGAAAAGACAGGCAGGAGCCAGCCAGCUGCAUGUGCCCCACUCACUACAGGACCUGGAAUUAAGAGGAGGACUCUGACACCAUAAAAUGACAGAUCAGGUCACCGGGACCUUGGUUUUCACAGUCCUCACUGCCGUGCUGGGUUCCUUCCAGUUUGGAUACGACAUUGGUGUGAUCAAUGCACCUCAACAGGUAAUAAUGGCCCAUUAUAGACAUGUUUUGGAUAUUCCACUGGAUGACCGAAAAACUAUCAACAACUAUGCUAUUGACAGUACAGAGGAACUGCCUACAAACCCAGUCGUAACAAACCCAACACCAACUGUUUGGACUGAAAAAGAGCCUAUGACAUCUUCUGGCCUCGUCACCAUGUUCUGGUCCCUGUCUGUGUCCAGCUUUGCAAUUGGUGGAAUGAUCGCGUCAUUCUUUGGUGGGUGGCUUGGGGACCAGUUUGGAAGAAUCAAAGCCAUGUUGAUAGCAAACAUUCUUUCACUGGCUGGAGCCCUCUUGAUGGGGUUUUCGAAACUGGGACCUUCUCACAUUCUUAUAAUUUCAGGAAGAGGUAUAUCAGGACUGUACUGUGGGCUGAUUUCAGGCUUGGUUCCCAUGUACAUUGGUGAAAUCGCACCCACCACCCUCAGGGGCGCUAUUGGCGCUCUUCACCAGCUGGCCAUUGUCACGGGCAUUCUUAUUAGUCAGAUUGUUGGUCUUGACUUCAUCCUGGGCAACCAGGAGCUGUGGCACAUCCUGCUUGGUCUGUCUGCUGUGCGAGCUGUCCUACAGUCUCUCAUGCUCUUCUUCUGUCCAGAAAGCCCCAGAUACCUUUACAUCAAGUUGGAUGAGGAAAACAAAGCAAAACAAAGCUUGAGGAGGCUCAGAGGCAGUGCUGAUGUCACCAAAGAUCUCGCUGAGAUGAGAAAAGAAAGGGAAGAAGCAUCGAGUGAACAGAAAGUCUCCAUACUUCAGCUCUUCACCAAUUCCAGUUACCGACAGCCAAUUCUAGUGUCACUGAUGCUACACAUGGCUCAGCAGUUUUCUGGAAUCAAUGGGAUCUUUUACUACUCAACCAGAAUUUUUCAGACGGCCGGAAUCAGCCAACCAGUUUAUGCAACCAUUGGAGUUGGUGCCAUCAACACAGUUUUUACUGCUCUCUCUGUAUUCCUUGUGGAGAAGGCAGGGCGACGCUCUCUGUUUCUAAUUGGAAUGAGCGGGAUGUUCGUCUGCGCCAUCUUCAUGUCCGUGGGCCUUGUGCUCCUGAAUAAAUUUACUUGGAUGAGUUACGUGGCCAUGAUAGCCAUCUUCCUCUUUGUCAGUUUCUUUGAAAUUGGGCCAGGCCCCAUCCCCUGGUUCAUGGUGGCUGAGUUCUUCAGUCAAGGACCACGCCCUGCCGCUUUAGCUGUAGCGGCAUUCAGCAACUGGACCUGCAAUUUCAUUGUAGCUCUGUGUUUUCCAUACAUUGCGGACUUCUGUGGACCGUAUGUGUUUUUCCUCUUCGCUGGAGUGGUCUUGGCCUUUACUCUGUUUACAUUUUUCAAAGUUCCAGAAACCAAAGGAAAGUCCUUUGAGGAAAUUGCGGCAGAAUUCCGAAAGAAGAAGGGCUCAGCCAAAACACCAAAAGCUGCCACAGAAAUGAAAUUCCUUGGCUCUACAGAGACUGAGUAAAGAUAAUCUGCUUUUUGACAUGAACAGAAGAAGGAAGAAAGCCAUGCGAUGUUUAAAUGGCAAUUCUUUGAGAAUUUUAUAUCUUCAAGUAUUGUAUUUUUUUUUUAAAGAGCUUUCAUGGGCUCUGAUCAGAAAUGUCAUCAAAUAUUACAAGUACUUUUUUUAAGUUACAGAAUCUAUUUUUGAUAGUAAAAUUCUGUAAUUAAGUAAACCUUAAAGUCUAGCUCAUUUUGUUACACAAAAGGACAAGGACAUUCUAAGAACUGUUUCCAGUUCUGUUUUUUAUAACAAAGUUCUACUGAAAUUGAAGCCGUUUCAAUGUAUCCUGUUAUUGCUUCAUUAAGAAUGUGGCUAGAGACCUGAAGCUGCAACUAUUAAUAUUUACAUAUUUGCACCUAAGUUGGAAUUUUCUUACCACAGACCUCAUACUGAAGGAGAUAUGGCUAGUGGCAGUUACUGUUCACAGUAAAAUUGAUAACUUUUCCAUUUCUCUCAUGCAGUUUUUUUCUUGUGCAUUGGAAUUUGCAUUUUGCUUAAAUUUUUUAUUUUUCCUGUAUUUUCAUGUGGAAAGCUUUUGUGAAUACAUUAAAAUAUGUUUGUAAAGAAAGCCUUUUAUUUUUGGUAGGCUUACCAAAAUCUUUCAGUACUUGGAAAAUACAAGCAAACAACAUUUUUAGUUGGUGACCAAACAGGUUUUUGUAUAUCAAACAGUAAAAAAAGUUUUAUCUGCUAUUAUAGCAUGGAUUAUCAGUUAAUAUUAACAGCUAUUAUAAACCCCUAUUAAACCAAUUCCUUUUUGGUUCCAUCCUUUGAGUUAUGUUUUGUUUUGCUUUUUAAUUAAACACAGCCUGGUUUUCUGAGCUGUGUCAUAAAAUAUGCUCAGUGGUAAGCCAGGCAUUUUGUACAUCUCCUCAAAUCCCAAUAAAUUAAAGCAGUCUGACUUAGGGAAUUUGAAGUAAAAAAAAAUGCUGUUACAAAAAAUAUAUUUUCUGAAUCAUUAUGGUACUAAACAGGUGGAAGAGGCAGGGUUGGAGAAGUCCUGGGGGUGGGCUCCUGAAACUUCAUGAAUGUUCCACUUCAGACUGGAUCAAAAUCCCUGCUUAAUUGUCCUAGGACGUCGGAGUUCCCUAACACAACACAGUCAUCCCCUUGGAUGUUUCCCUUUGUCUUAGCAGUAUAGGGAUACGAUCUAAGCGGCUCUCUUGCAAUUGCUGACAUUUAUUUUGUACUACCUAGAUGCCAGGCAUUGUUCUAAGUGCUUUUACCUAUGUAGGCAAAUUGAAAAUACACAGAUGAUUACAUAGACUUUUGCAUACAGUCAACUUUGCAGCUAUGGAAAUACAGUUCUGAUGGACACCAAAGGUUUAACAGGGGAAUUAAAGCACCUUCAGGCUGUUUUCCUCACAAAGUGGAGCACAUUUGAAUCAAUCCUUUUUAUGUUUGCUUUAAUGUGCAUAAAAGCAUUCAACAGUUGCUUGCUUGUUGUUGUUGCUUACCUUUUUGUACUGUGGUAGUCCAAAUAAUGAAAUUAGUUCUUUUCAUUUGGACUGAUUUUUCUUUGUUUUGGACCAAUUUGGGAUAAACUAUGCUCACUUAGGACCUCAAGACAGAGUGAGCUUAAAUAGUCCAGGAGAACUUUGUGCUAAACUAUGAACUCUCAGGGGAUUGGAUGGGGAGCGUGUAGGGACUCUGAAUAGUGUAGCAGGAAAAUGACUCUGGCGCAGCUUUUGUCUUCUGGACGCCGAUGGCCCUGGAAAAGCCCAAAGUUUCAAUGAUGAAGAAAUGUAACAUUUCUGUAGAUGAUGAAUAUGAUUUAAUGAAAUCACUACUCCUCAUUUACUAAGAGAGUAAAGUUGUAAAGGUGUAAUAAAGAGUCCAAAAGACCACUUUUAAGUUCUAAUUAAUUAUUUUCAUAGACCUACAAAUACUGGAAAUUUAGGCCCUGAAAUUCUUUUUUCUUCCAUAAUUUUUUCUUUUUUUGCAGAGAUACCAGUGAGAUGCAAAGAAGCAUGAAAGUGAAAUUAGAAGAUGUUAACCCUUCAUAUUAGGAAAAAGGAACUAGCUAAACAAUAAAAAAUCCUAGGUCCUCAAUGGUGUACAUCACAAUAAAUAAUGAAAUUGGCACUAAUUAAUGAGAUUUAAUCCCAGAGACAUUAGAUGUGAGUUUGAACACAUUUUUCAUGGUACUUUAUCAUUUUUGUGGAAGUGCUUUCAUACUCUAAUGUUCCAACCAAUGUGAUUUUUCUCUUUGCUUGUUUGAGCCUUUAUUAUACUUCCUAGUCCAGUUCCUUACCUGCUACAUCUAGCUGGUGCUCACUGUCCUGGCAUUAAUGCAAGGGUCUUCUCUGCUGAGACAGAGUAAGAGAAUGCCUCCUCCUCAAUAAGCUCACAAUCUAAUAAGGAGUUCAGGAAGACCAGGAUAUAAAUGUUUCUGUCUAUGUCUUUUACUUUCCAUGAACCUUGAGUUAGAGGCCUCUCUUGUAAAACAGGCCAAACAAUGUUACCUACCUCUGAGAGUUGUUGUGAGGAUUAAAUGUAAAGUGCUAAGCAGAGUGUCUGGUAUCCAAUGUGCUACCUAGAAUUAGUAUUAACAAAGAUACUAUUAGGAUGCAGGAUUAUCAUAUAUAUAAGAUAGUCCUAAAUUCAUAAUUCAAGAUAAUAUUCUCUUAUUUCAAGCAACAAUCUCACAAAGAUGAGGGAAAGUAAAAACCAGGGGAGAUUUUAGGCUAAUUUUAGGCCUAAACCCAUACUUGAUAUUUCUAAGUAGGUUAUAAGAGUUUUUACUGUAUUUUUAAAAUUUGCUUUUACCUGAGUUGUUAUUUUUAAGAGGUCUAUAUGUAAUAUUAUUUAUUUGAAUAAUACUAAAUACAAGAUAAAAUGCUGUAUAUUACAUUUAAAUUUCAUUUAACAGGAUAUUCACCAUAGCACAAGACCAAACUUUCUUGAAAACCCUCAAAAAUUGCAAAGUGUGUAAACCAAUGUACACACAUAAGCUACUUCUUAUUGCUAGCUUAUUGUUAUAUGCAGCAAAUAAAGCAAUGUUAGGCAAUAACUUGUGCUUUUGGUGUCUUAGCAGAGUGAUGAGUAAACCGUAAACAUACAAUUUUCCAUUACAAUUCUAUAUCAGUGAUCUUGAAAGAAAAGGUUUAUUGAAAAUCACUCUGAGCCAUCUGUUGGUAUUUUUACUGUCUUCUAAUUUGGUGACAUUAGAAAGAAUCAUGAUGAAAAUAAACUGGUUUUAGUUAUGAGUGUAUGUAUGCUAUAGUCUUAAUA